AAUGGCCGUGGCGUGCGGUCGCGAUCCUAGGCGCACCAUCACGCCACAAUUCAAUGUACAAAUUCACACACACACACACUCACAUAAACAUGUACAUCAUCGCAUUCGAUUCGAACAAUUUCCUCUCGCGGCACUCGGGAGGGUGCGCAUCGGAAAACCUAAUUUUGUGCUGCUGCUCCAGACGAACGGCAGGCAGAGUUUCAUCAUCCAUCGAUCGAUCGAUCGGUGUCGUCGUCAUUGCAAAUCGUCGCUCCGGUUGCGACAUCAGCCCAUUCAGCCGCGGUGUAGGGUGUCCCAAAACAAGGCACCGUCCGUAUCAGCUACUGAAGGCGUCUGUGUGUUGACGUUUCGAAGAAAAGGAAGAAAACGGAGGGAAAGAAAGCUCGCAAGGAGGAGUUGUAAGUGAGCUAUUAGCAGGCAAAAGAAUAGCGAAUCUUAGUGUCGUAGACCAUUGCAGUAUCGCAGACGAACACACACAAAAAAAAAACUCAAUUAGUGCUUCCAGGUGCUUUUAAUGGUGAUGUUUGAUAGUGUUGAUAGUGUGUAGAGGCCAGCUCAACCACAACCAAGGCAAUCGAUUGCACAAAGCCUGUAAAAGUGUUCACGUCUUAUUUGCGUCUGUUGUGCCGUUGGUGUAUCUUGAAACAUCUUUCGUCAGAAGUUCUUUACCCGUUGGCAAGAAAAGGCAAGAUGAACCUGUUUCCAACGGCUGCCUGUAUGUGGCUCGUGGCACACCUCUGCGCCCUGCUGACAGCCGGCGAUCACUUGGUCGAGUUCGUGUCAAAUUACCAACAGAAUGCUGAGAUUGAUUACUCCUUUCGGUAUUACAUCGAUCAUCCGCCUUCCGGGGUGUCGUUCGAUCACUGGGAGAAUCGAAAGGGUGACCACGUGCACGGCGGUUACGGUGUGCUGGAGCCGGGCGGAUUCGUACGCACCGUACACUACGAGGUCGACGGCGAUAGUGGCUUUCGGACGGUUAUCAAAACAACUGCGCCAGGAAGCUCUCAGCAGUACAACAUACACACCGGAGGAAAAAGGACGCCUCCUCCGCAGCCACUUUGGAACACCAAACCUGUCGCCUUCGUGCAGGGCGUCCAUAAAUCGUAGCCGAGCCCUUGGAUGCGACGAUACUGAGCAUCUCGCGAGCUUUACACGCGAUCCCAGCGUCCAUUCGGGUUGGGACAAGUUGCAUCAUAGUAGGAUAAAUCCGUGUAAAGCCUUGUCUUGCACCAUCCAGCUGGAAGAUGAAUAUUUUAGAGUUUACCAAUGUUGUCCUCUUCUGUCUGACACAGGUCAAUGCUAGUUGAUAAGUUGUGUGUAUGUUUUCAUGCUAAUAAAUUAGAUGUUUCUACCUACUGCCUCGGAAA